AUGGUGGUUUGGCCCAUCCUGUUAUGGCUUACCGUCGUUCAUGGCAUGCGAGAUAGCCAAGUCAAAGAACUAAGACAAGAAACUGAGCGCAUGUUCUUCCAUGGCUUCGAGAACUACCUCCAAUACGCGUUCCCCGAAGACGAAUUACGCGCACUAACAUGCGGACCCCUUGUUCGAGACGAGAAGAAUCCCGAGAAUAAUGAUGUGUUGGGAAAUUAUUCCCUGACCUUGAUUGACAGCUUGUCGACGCUAGCCAUCCUGUCCUCGAGCCCGGACAGUGGCGAGCGAGCCUUGGCGCAUUUCCAGGAUGGUGUCGAGGGUUUUGUUAGAUUGUAUGGUGAUGGCUCGGACGGUCCUGCUGGUCAGGGUGAGCGGUCGAGAGGAUUUGAUCUGGAUAGCAAGGUACAAUUGUUUGAAACUGUGAUCCGAGGACUCGGUGGAUUGCUCAGUGCCCAUCUCUUCGCCGUCGGCGAGCUACCCAUCACCGGAUACGAACCAUCAGAACGGGAAGCUCUCUUUGCUAGCGCAUGGGAUAAAAGUAUGUUCAUACAGAGUGACCACGGUAUUCUAUGGUCCAAUGGCUUUGUUUAUGAUGGCCAACUACUUCGACUUGCUGUGGAUCUGGCCCACCGUUUGCUCCCCGCAUUCUAUACAGAGACGGGCCUUCCCUACCCUCGGGUUAACCUCCGCCACGGGAUCCCAUUUUACGAGAAUGCGCCUUUAAAUCUCAACACCCGAGAUGCCGAGGGCAAGCGCAAAUCCAAAAACCCGGCAUCUGAGCCUGCUGAGACUUGCAGCGCUGGUGCAGGCAGUCUAGUCCUUGAGCUGACCAUCGGUGCCGGUAUUGACAGCUUCUACGAGUAUGCCGUCAAAGCUCAUGUUCUUCUAUCCGAGGGCGAGCGUCUGCCUUUCAACUCCGACAGCCCUUGGGCAGCAUUGGAUUCGUACUACGCUCCUCUAACGGACCACCAGCAUACUGCCGAGGCCUUCCGACAGGUGUGGGAAGAAUCACACACCGCGAUCAAUCGCCACCUAUUCCGAGGCGAAGGUUAUCAACAUCCCCACCUUAUUGUAGGGGAUGUGAUCACCGGUGCCACGCGAGCGUUUUGGAUUGAUAGCCUGAGCGCUUUCUAUCCGGGAGUCCUUGCCCUGGAUGGAAAGCUAGAUGAAGCUAUCCAAAUUCAUCUGCUGACUACUGCCAUUUGGACACGCUACUCGGGCAUCCCUGAACGAUGGAACGUGGCUACUGGUGACAUCGACAACGGUAUGCCGUGGUAUGGAGGUCGGCCCGAGUUCAUCGAGUCCAACUACUACAUUUAUCGCGCAACUCAAGAUCCUUGGUAUCUGCAUGUUGGAGAGAUGGUUCUCAGCGACCUCAAGCGGCGUUGCUGGACCAAGUGUGGUUGGGCUGGCAUUCGGAAUGUUCUGACUGGUGAGCUCAUUGACCGGAUGGAAAGUUUCUUCAUUGGAGAGACAGCCAAAUAUCUCUACCUGCUGUUUGACCAGGAGCAUCCAUUGAACAGGAUCGAUGCUCCCUGGGUUUUUAACACCGAAGGCCAUCCUCUCAUCAUUCCGAGAAAAUCGGCAUCCACACCUCGCCCGCCGCAAACCCCAUCCCAAGGCCAGGACAUCGCCGGGGGAGUAUGUCAAAUUAUCCCCUCUCCAUUCUUCGGCGUGUCCUCCACGGCAUCCCGAACAGACAUCUUCCAUGCUGCCAACUUGGCACGGCUGGAUCUGAUGCCUGAUCGAGGAGUGGCCGCAGGUCCUAUUUUGCAAGACUCACCUGGACAUCAAAGUGUCUUUGUGUCUGACCUUUCAUCACCAACCAAUUACACCUUCUACCCGUGGACGCUGCCACCUCAGCUUGUCCCAUUCAACGCCACCAGCGCGCCUAUGGCCGUUCGACCCACGCUCGACAUCUCAUUCCCAUCACUCCCAGGCGGCGUAAACAUGGGACCUGGAGCGUUGGAGCGUGUCCUAGACGGGGUACUUGUAAAAACAAUUGGAGGACUCCGAUUGAGUAUGGUUCAGGAUGUACGGUUGGAUCACCCGACGGCCACCACUGGGGAGGAGGAAGACGGGUAUCGGGUGCAGGUGAUCAACAAUGUGCCAUUAGGCAAAGAUGAGAAGGUAUAUCUCUCUCGCCAAAUCACCUUUGAUGUCGUCGAUCCGUAUGAUCCGAACUUCACCCGUGUUCGCGACAAUGCCAUGCUUGACCUCGUCAUUGACGUUCUCCCAGAGCCCUCUCGCCGACGUAAUGCUUCGGCUCAUCCACGAGAUGAAGAAACUCAACCAGGAAGCCCACACCCGCCCGAGCCCCGUCUCGCAGGUCACAGCCCCGCCUCUUCUGUCAACGAUGCCGCAAUUGUUGACUCCCCGGACUCAACAGUAAGAGCCAUGCUAUCGUCUCUGAUGCACUCGGUGUCGUCGUUACUUCACAACGAACCGACCGAACCUGCGCCACUCAGGUUGACUCUCCCCGCUGCUAUCUCUUCGGGCAUUGGGGCCAGCCCGCUUCCGGAUCUUGAAGAUGCAGUUACAAUGUCCUUGCUCGGCAACCCAUCGACAGACCGCCUGUCGUGGUCAAGUGUAUACUUCGCCGGCGAUCUCUGUAAUGAGGGUAUUCCCCGCGAGGUCGCCCAUAACCACGAAGUCCUCGUUAUCAAACGUGGCGGCUGUACAUUCUCGGAAAAGCUUCGCAACAUCCCCGCAUACCGACCAACGCGGUCCGCGCUGAAGCUAAUUGUCGUCGUUUCAUACGAUGACGUGCCACCACACGGGUUCCACGGGCAGAGGAAAGAGUCAACGAAGCAAGCCGGGUCUCGCUCUGCGCUCGCCGCCGUCCGCGCCGAAUCCACUCUCAUCCGUCCACACCUCGACGAAGCUCAAAUGACACCUAGCGGCAUUCCACGAAACUACCUCAUCAGCAUGGUCAUGGUCGGCGGCGGAGAGGAAACAUACGAGCUCCUGCGCCAUGCAAACGGCAUUGGAGUCAAAAGACGAUACAGCAUGCGCUCUCGUGGCGUCCCAAUCACGAAUCUACACAUUGUUUGA